UACUACUCACAUAUACAUACAGCCUUGCCAUUUUUAUCAUGGCGAUUUCUUUUUGACAUUUCACUACGACCUGGGCGCACGUGUUUUUCGGGCUCCACUCUUUGCUAAAUUAGAGUAAAAUCAAAAUGAAUCCAGAGAAACUUAAGAAGUUACAAGCGCAGGUGCGCAUUGGCGGCAAGGGCACUCCUCGCCGCAAGAAGAAGAUUGUACACUCGACCCCUGCUACCGAUGACAAGAAGCUGCAGUCAUCUUUGAAAAAACUGUCGGUAAACACCAUUCCCGGCAUUGAGGAAGUGAACAUCAUUAAAAAUGACGGCACCGUCAUUCACUUCAACAAUCCAAAGGCGCAAGCUUCUUUGCCGACUAACACGUUCGCCAUUACCGGUCAUGGUGAGAACAGGACGAUCUCAGAAAUGCUCCCCGGCAUUCUGACACAGUUAGGACCCCAGGACAUCAAUCAGCUAAAAAAGAUUGCUUCGGAGAUUGCCAACAAGAGUGCUGCAGCCGGUGGUGUUGCUGGCGCCGGCUUGGACGCUGGUGACGACGAUGUUCCCGAUUUAGUCGAGAACUUUGAAGAAGUGGCCAUCGCUGGAGCCAAGGUAGCUGCAGCCGCUGUAGCGCCUGAUAGUACCGCCGAUAAGAAAGCUGGCGAGGUUGCAGCCUCAGCCUAAGGGGGUGACACACAUAACACAUAAAAAAACAUACAGACAGAACCGAAAGGAGCCGCUCAACGAUCAACCGGCAUGUUCACCCAACGACAAUUGCUGAUAAUCGAGAUGUAGUGCUCCUUUCGUUCUAAGAGGGGGUCAUUAAACUACAAUUACCACAAAAUAAAGGCAUCCAAGUGAGCUGAACAGAACACGUAAAAUAUAAUAAUUAUAUUAAUAAGGGAACUCUUCAACAAAAAUCUAUUAGAAAUAGUGCGAAGCGCGCAUAAGCGAAGCAAAAAAAAACAAAUAUGUACAACUAAAAAUGUAUUUCCAAAGCGAUUAAAGCACGUUUCCACUACACAAAACACAAACACACACA